UAGGUGGAUGGGAAGCGGUAAUCCGAGUUUAUUUUUCAGAGCAAGCCCUCAUGUGUAGAGGAGUAAAUCUCGUUUUGGGCCGCUGGCUUGGUUAGCAGAAAACGCGGUGAAACGAGGCGGUCGGUGCAGGACAGAUGCGUUUCCCUGGAUUGGAGCCAGCGGGUGGCUGUUGGAAGCGAGCAGCGCGUGGUCCCUCCAGGCUUUCCCUUGGGACUCGGGUGGUACCGGCUGGCCUUCAGGAAACACACGGCUGACCUAGAGUCUGGGUUCAGCUUCGGUUUAAAAUAGAAGUCUAUUACCUAAUUACCAUGAUUUGCUAAAAAGAAAAAAAAAAAUACAAGGAAUUUUUGUGUUCUGGGAUGCUUCCUAACCCUUUCAGCACUGAUCCUAAAUGAUCUCCAAGAUCCACACCGCAGGAUUGGGUCCUGCCGGGGAUGGUGAAGGGUGGCCUGGGGACACCCUCCAGCUGCCACCUCUCCUGGCAUUUCCUUUUGUGCCCGAGGCCGCUCCUUGUGCUGAUCCAAUGCCUGGGACAAGCGCGGGUCUAUCCCGAGCCCCCGCGCCGGCUCCUUUGAGGAGGGGGAAAUACAUCCCGCCUGACUCCCACCGUGUGCCAGGGGAUGCCAGCCUUCACAGCCACCAGUAACUUCAGGAACAGCCAAAACAGUCUCCUCGGCAUUUAUUAGCACGUGUUACUAUUUGUUUACAUUUAAGUUACGCUUAUUGAUAUGCACAGGCAAGGCAGACAGCCCUUAGCAAAUUAAUUAGUGAAAAUAAUACAUUAAAAAUCAGUCAGUGGUUGUAAAACACCAUUAGGGUCUAUUACUCUUAAGUAAGAAACGAGUUAUUUGCGGUUCACAUAGAUUUUGUGACUGAAUUGCCAGGUCAGAUUUGCUAAUGUGAUUGCUGUAAACUGCUACAGUGGUUUAGGAAAGCGAGUGGGUGAAAUUGUUGGCUGUACUAUUUCACAGUCCUGAGGUCAUUACGAUCUGGGACAGAGAUGGGCAGCUCUGACUGGGUUCCUACUUUGCUCAAGUUUUUUGUUUCUAAGCUUUCGGUCACAAGUUGGGCAGCCUGUUUUUCCAUCAAAUAAACGACAAAGUUAUGAUGAGCUAAUAAAGUUAGGAUAAACUGCAUUUACUAAUUUUGCAAAAUAUUAUAUUUUUUUCAAAAUACAUUUGCCUUUCUGUUUAAGAGGAAAGAUGGUUUUAUUAUAAAUGUUUUUGUUUCAUCAUAUAUACUACAGCUAGCACUCCAUGUAGUUAAUAACGCUUUUUAAAAUGUCCUUUAUCUUAACUGGAGAAAACCAGGAAAACUUAGACCUCAGCACUUCUCUGCUGCUAUUCUGCUUUUCUAUUUUUUCUUGCUGCUAAUUGGAUUAAAAGCUGUUUGGGUUACUAUGGCAUCCGGUGAGGAGAUUACUGUCUGUGAAGAUGAAGUAAGGUCUCGGUACAGCCACUUAGAGAAGAUGACAGAUUUGGUGGCUGUUUGGGAAGUAGCUUUAAGUGAUGGUGUUCAUAAGAUUGAAUUUGAACAUGGGACCACUUCAGGAAAACGUGUUGUCUAUGUUGAUGGAAAGGAAGAAAUAAGAAGAGAAUGGAUGUUUAAAUUAGUGGGUAAAGAAACAUUCACUGUUGGAGCUACUAAAACAAAAGCUGCUAUUAACAUAGAUGCAGUCAGUGGCUUUGCAUAUGAGUAUACUUUGGAGAUCAAUGGAAAGAGUCUGAAGAAACAUAUGGAGAACAGGUUAAAAACAACCAAUACUUGGAUAUUGAACUUGGAUGGUACGGACUAUAGAGUUGUUCUAGAAAAGGACACUAUGGAUGUGUGGUGCAAUGGUCAAAAAAUGGAAACAGCGGGUGAAUUUGUCGAAGAUGGGACUGAAACUCACUUCACUGUUGCUGAUCACAGCUGUUGCAUUAAGGCUGUCAGUAGUGGGAAACGAAAGGAGGGAAUUAUUCAUACCCUUAUUGUGAACAACAGAGAAAUCCCAGAGGCUGUGGAGUAGCCUCUAGUUAACUGAUUAUUGUAGGACCAAGAUCAGGAAUUUUCAAUUACUGUGGUAAUUAUUUUAAUAUGUACUACUUGGUACAUCUAGUUUGUGCUGGGUUUAUUUUCUAGUUUCUGUAUAUGAAAUUAUUCUUUUUGAGGACCAGAUGAAAAUAACUAUGUACAACCUCUUACAUUAGCAGUUUUUUAAAAACUAUGUAUAUAGAAUGUAUAUUAUAUCACUAAGUGUGGAGAACACUGGUGAACUUCAGUAGCAAUUAUACACCAGGAAAAAAAUCUUGUUAUAAUAAAAUGGAAGAUAAAUGUUCAGUUACACUGAAUCCUUAUAAACUGCAGGUGUAUGUGGAGGGAGGAAAAAGCAUAUGCUGGGCAUUGGAAUAAGCUGUUAAAGCUUUCUCAAUAAUUAUUUUUUUUCUUUUAAACUGACUACAAACCUUUUCAGGUGCAGUUAAGAGUUAAAAAGUUAAUAUAAAAAAGUUAUUAAUGAAAUACAUUGUUACCAAUACUUGUGUAACAGUAUUAAAGUAAUACCAAGUUAUGUAAACUGAUAUUUUAUUCUGAGUAGGAGCAAGAUGUUACAUUGUGCCAAAAAAAUCCUUUAGGUUUUCUGAAAACUGAUGCUAGUUAGAAAUUUUUGCAGUAGUUCAGAAACUCAGUACUGAGUUUUUCAAAAAAGCAAAUAGAAAGAGUUCCUGCCAUAAAAUUGCUUUAAAAAAUGAAAUCUCUUGAAGCAAACUGAAAUAAGAGCUUAUACUUGUUCAGUGCUGUCUAACCUUAAAUCUACAGCUCUGUGUUUUCAUGGCAGUAAUGUGUGAAUUGAGAAAUAUGAGGAAAAAGGGAACAGAAGUAGAAAAGAAUUUGUUGCUUAAAUGGAAUAGUUAAAAUAGGAAUAGACUCUAAGAGCAACCUUCAGAUUUCCUGAGAACAAAACUCACGUAUGUUCGGGGCUCACACACUACAAAACUACCUUUUGCAAAAAUAGGUAUAACUAAUCUUUAAAAUAAUAAUAAAAAAAACCCAAACAAAAUAUGAAUAUAUUAAUUUCAAAUUUUCUUUUGUAAUGGUUAAAAAAAUUUCCACUUGCAACCUCAGAGUUCAGCAUUAGACUUUUAUAACUUAAUUUCUUCUGGACUUGUGAGUGGUUCCUAGCACUAUGACUACUAGCUUAGGAGUUGCAGGUGCAGUACAAGUAUCCUGGGAAUUCAUUAACAAAAUAUUUUGAAAAGUUUUAUUAAAUGCUACUUUCAUCUGUGUUUUAGAGAUGCACAGUGCUUCACCUGUGGGUGAAAUGCUUCUCAUAUGACAACACAGUUGUUUUUUAAAGGUUUUAUGUGAGCCCUUCUCCUCCCCAAGUAAUGACAGUUUUAACCAUAGCUGACUUCAGGUGAGAGGCUGACCUGAUACUGACAGGUGAGGUACUAAAGAGGAGCCUUUAUUCCUGUAUUACAGCAUUGUUUUAAGCUGUUUAGGUGUUUUAGGCCCAGAACUGGUGAUUUUAAAUGCUUCAGUUUGGACAAAUCUUGUAGUAGCUUUUUGUUUGGGGCAAUAGCAUUUUAAACGCUGUUAACAUCAGGCAUAGUUUUAGGCUUCAGUACAGAAAGUUUCCAAGUACCUGAGCACAGGACUGAAUCCCCUUUGAUGGUGGAAUUCCUAUAGUGGCUCUUGGCUUUUCCAUGUGCUGGCUUCAGGUCACUGCAGAAGCAAUGUGGGCAUACCUGGCUACAAGGCUGUCAAUGUAAUCUUUAAAAGAUAUUGGUAAAGGUAAAUUAAUUGAAGAUCAGUUUCAAGCUGUAGUUUGAACCAGUUCUUUACUAUCUUGUAGCCUUUCAAAGAGAUUAAAUGUUGCUGAGAAAUCUAAAGCUCAAAUACAGUCCAAAUCACAUUCUUAAGACUAUAUAAAAAUUACAAGUUAACUGAUGGUGACAUUCAUACUUUUUAUUUUGAAUACAUGUAUCUACAAUGCUUGAAAUAACUAAUAAAACCUGCAACAGCAACUCCUGUUAGAAAUCA